AUUUCACCUUAUGGGAGCUAUAUACUCAUUUGGAUGCCUGUCAGCGGAUUCCAUCCUCUUUUAAGAGAUGACCGUGAGGCGGUACACGGUCCCCGCCUUGAACUAUACAUCGUUUACAGAUUUAUCCUUGUCCGUCAACGUCUUUUUUCGAUAUUCCCUCUGAAGAUCUCCAAUUCGCCAUGAUUUCCGAUUUUAGGCACUGAGAGAUGGAAACAUACAACUCUCCCCAAUAGGAUCAAUCUAGUCCAUACUCUUAUACACUAUCACUAAUGCAGAUCACGCGCCAGCCACUUCUACUCGUUCGAGUUAAUAUAGGCCAUGGGGGUACUCAUAUACAUUGCCCUUUCGAAGAGGGGAACGGAACACAAAUGAGGCCAAAGCAGUUAUCCACCUGCCUACUUAACAAAUAACUCGGAAGGACGUUAGACCCAUCAUGAGGCUUGCUUGCAUCCCGCACCUUAGUCUCGUCCUUUGGCCCCUUUGGUAGACCAUGUUUAGAUUCACGAAUAAGAGCUUAGCUCCCGAGCCCAGGAUAAGCUUGUACUCCGGCCUUCAUCCUCCCUUUCAUCCCAUAAUACAUCAUGCUAAACACUCCAUGAAGAAGCCUUUAUGGAUAAAUGUUCAACUCUUAAUCUUCAAUCAUUAAUCGACCAAUAAUCAAAACUUCUUUCUUCAGAUGCUUCAAUGUCCAUAACACAAACAACAACGAUGGCAGCAAUAAAGCCAGAAGAGUCAGAUCAUUCAAUUUGGCAAAGUUACGCUCUCCAACCACCUCAUACUUCUCAGCAAACGGCCUUCGAGUCAAAUUUUCCUUCCGGUCCUCUAGCAUUGCCGUAUCAUGCAAGACAGAAGGGAGGAUACCGAUCAAUGGAUAUUCCUUCAAUCAACACAAGACCUCCUCACAGGGAAGGAAAUGGGAUCUUGACAGCUUCACCACCACCACUAAAUUCACAUCAUAGCUACCCUUCUCUCAAACGAUCAUUUCAUCCUACAGAUGAUUCGCCCUAUGGCGAAGUAGUGCAGGAUUUCCGGGAAGACUUGUCAGAACAUCCAAAACCUAAUAUUAGUCAAGAUCACAGACUACUUUCCUUUAGCAAACGACAGCCGAAGCAUACCGUCGUAGACCAACAUGGAAGAAUACAACAGCUAGACCUUUCAGCGCAAAUUCACGGAAUGUUCUUUUUAUCGGAAAUGACAACCCCCACGGGCGAGGGGGUGAUUGUCCAGCCAGAGCUGACCUGUUACCGGAGGAACCUAUUUCAAAUCUCCGGAUCCGUUACUACGCCCCGGGGCGCCUUAUCAGUGAUCACGGAACGCGGAGAACGUAUUCCAAUUUUGUCCCUAGAAGUAACGAUCAGUGCCACGGAAUCAGUUGAUGGCCAUUCUGUCAAACUGAUUGUCAUCCCAUGGAAAACACCUCCACCGAACUCCCCUGAAGUAACACCUGGCCAGGAGCAAGAGCCAUCGCCUAUUCCGUUACUUCCAUUCGAUGACGGAGCUCCAGAUACAAACAAUGAGUUCGCUGUUUACCCUAUAGCCUACAGAAGACUUCAAUUUAGAAUCGCGACCGCGAACAAUGGCCGGAGACGAGAGCUCCAACAGCAUUUCACCUUGCAUUUAAAUGUUGUAGGAACCUUGGGAAACAACACCAAGAUCAACGUUUGCGAGACCGCGACAGCGCCAAUUGUGGUCAGAGGUCGAAGUCCAAGGAACUUCCAAGCGAGGAAGGAAAUUGCGCUUGUCGGAUCAUCAGCCUCUCGAGGCCAAGCACCAGAAUUGCAGAUCACAAGUAGCAGCACGUCUGGCAGUGCUACCAUGAAACCAAAAUUGGCAAAACCUCAGACCCUUGAACUCCCUCGUUCGCCAUUCAAUUUCGAUGCAAGCAAUCUUCCUGUAUCUCCACAUUUGAUGAGACAACAAACUUUACCAUCAUGGUUCGCUCCGCCACACUCAUCCGAGCACACCCCAGGACCAUCAACCCCGAACUACCAAGGACCCCCGCCGUCGUUAUCGAUGGAGAAUUAUCUUCAAGGAAACCAUUCCAGUUCAGAAAAUCCACAAACCCACUCUCCAGCCUCUACAAUGCCAGCACCUGCACCUCCAGUACGAUCAUACACGUACCAAAGUACAACUUCACCAAGUGGAGCUCCCAUACGAUUCAUCGACAGCAAUCCACGGCCCGCAAAAUCACCUCGUCAUCAAGCACCCCCCGAGCUGAACUCUUCUUUCUCUUCCGAUUUCACAGCUCGGUUCAAUGCUCCUACUCCAUAUAGUUCUGCCAGUGACCCUGCACAACCAAGAGAAUACUUCCCUACAUCGAUGUCUAUGCAACCAUGGACCACUGCUCAAGAUACCGCGUCUACGUAUGGAACUACAUUACCCGCAGUCACUAGCUCCCACUAUGAAUAUUCUGGAGAUCAGCAUUACGUGAAAGAAGAAGGUCACUCUCAACCACCACCGCCGCAUCAACAGCCCAGUCAACAGCAUUAUACUUGGAGCGCCGCAUAGGUUAAUUAAAUUCUUGCAAUGAACGCAUUGCAAUAAUUCAGCAUUUCAAUGAGAACUCCUUCCAAUACAUAUACGCAUCAGAUAUCGGGCCUCCCAUGCGAGAAUCUAGAAAUUCAUGCAUCACUCUCAAAUCUUUCUCUAAAGAUCUUCCACCUUUCUACACAUCACGGAAAUCAUUUCCUUGCACUGUGUCAAUCUCAUUGUUUGUUUAAUUCUGCACUCCAGUCAGUACCCCCAGGGAAUUAGUCCCCAGUUUCUUGUUUAUAUGUGCUCUCUUUUGAGAUGGAAGGAAACGAAGCAAUGGAAUAGGAUGAAAAUCGGAUACAUUAUGGUAUUUCUCAGCGAACUGAGAAUUCAGCAUAGGCAUCAUACAUAGCAAGCGAUGGCGUAGGAAAAUGGUGGUGAAUUUCAGGUUUCUCUUGUUUCCUUUUCUUUUGGCAUCUCUUUCAUACUUCUUACACUGCGGAUACAUGGGAUGGAUGGAUGAUUUGGAUGAAAUCAAUAUGGAUGGAACGAUGGAUGUACUUUUAUAAACUCAUAUUAUGAUCAGACUUGAUACCCUCAUUAAUUUCUUAAUACUCAGUCAAAUGUAAAUCAAUAAGGAUGUUGGGCUGAAAUUUGAACCAUUUAAA